AUGUUUCCAGCGAUUGCACGAAAUCACCGUCUGUACCCGCCAAGUGCGCUCUCUGCCCAGGUCCACAUACUUCAUCGUAUAAGGGUUGCCCGCAUUACAAAAAAAUCAUAUCUAAACAGGAAACAGACAAGCAGAAAUCGUCCUAUCAAAUUAACAGUCGUUCCACCUGCGACACAACGCAAUGUCAACUCCAAGUCGAAACGGAAUCUUACAUACGCCAAGGUAACGGCUAGUGUUCCUUCAUCUGAUCAAUCAACAGAUUUCAUUACAAAAUGUCUCGAAGAACUUAAGUCUAUCUUGAACCCAUUACUAAUCUCGUUAACAACAAUCAUAAAUAAAUUUUCCCUCCCCGUCUCUACCGUAUCAUAA